ACAAAGGAGGCCGAGGGAAGGCUGGUUUUACGAUCCGACCCUCUCUCUCCUUUUGACGGAGCCGAAGAUAUUCAAUUGUUUCAUCUCUCUCUCUCUCUCUCUCUCUCUCUCCGCCUCAGAAAUUUCAGAUUCCGAUUUGGCGAAGAGUGUCCAGAUCUCGGAUUCGUUUUGGAGCGAGCGAGAGUGAGGGAAUUGUCGGACAAGAAGAAGCGGAAGACGGAGACCUGAACGAUGAUAACGAUCCCGUACCUCACCGCCGUUUCCACGUAUUUCAGCUACGGCUUUCUCUUCGCCUUCGGUCAGCUCCGAGAUUUCUUCCGCCGCCUCCUCGAUUGGUGGCUCACCAACAAUCUCCAGGGAUACGCGCCGAUCUGUUUGGGGCAUGAGGAUUUCUACAUCAGGCGAUUGUAUCAUCGAAUUCAGGACUGUUUUGGACGUCCCAUAUCUAGUGCUCCUGAUGCAUGGUUUGAUGUGGUUGAGCGGUACUCAAACGACAACAACAAGACUUUAAAACGAACAACAAAUAGCAGCAGGUGUCUCAACUUGGGGUCCUAUAAUUAUCUUGGGUUUGGUUCUUUCGAUGAAUAUUGCACGCCUCGUGUUAUUGAGACUUUGAAGAAGUUUUCGGCCAGUACGUGCAGCCCUCGUGUUGAUGCAGGAACUACAUCUAUACAUGCGGAACUCGAAGAAUGUGUUGCUAGGUUUGUCGGGAAGCCUGCUGCUGUUGUCUUUGGCAUGGGCUAUGCAACAAACUCAGCUAUCAUUCCUAUCUUGAUUGGCAAGGGAGGGUUGAUAAUAAGUGAUUCUUUGAACCAUAGUUCAAUUAUAAAUGGUGCGCGAGGGUCAGGCGCCACAAUUCGCGUUUUCCAACAUAACACGCCUUCUCAUUUGGAGAAAGUAUUGAGAGAACAAAUUGCUGAAGGACAACCCAGGACUCACAGACCAUGGAAAAAAAUCAUUGUCGUGGUUGAGGGUAUCUACAGCAUGGAAGGAGAGAUUUGCGAAUUGCCCGAAAUUGUCGCAAUAUGCAAGAAGUAUAAGGCAUAUGUUUACUUGGAUGAAGCUCACAGCAUUGGAGCUGUUGGGAAAACAGGAAGAGGUGUUUGUGAACUUCUUGGAGUUGACACAGCUGAUGUUGACAUAAUGAUGGGAACUUUCACGAAAUCUUUUGGGUCUUGUGGUGGCUAUAUUGCUGGAUCUAAGGAACUGGUACAAUUUCUCAAGAAACACUGUCCAGCUCAUCUUUAUGCAACAUCAAUAUCACCUCCUGCUGCCCAGCAAAUCAUAUCUUCCAUUAAAGUGAUCCUUGGAGAGGACGGUUCAAACAGAGGGGCACAAAAGCUUGCAAGAAUAAGAGAGAACAGCAACUUCUUCCGAGCCGAGCUGCACAAGAUGGGAUUUGAGGUUCUUGGGGACAACGAUUCACCCGUCAUGCCAAUAAUGCUCUACAACCCUGCCAAAAUCCCUGCCUUCUCUAGGGAAUGCCUGAGACAAAAUGUGGCAGUGGUGGUGGUAGGUUUCCCGGCUACACCGUUACUGCUGGCGAGGGCCCGCAUUUGCAUUUCGGCAUCACAUUCAAGAGAAGAUCUUAUCAGAGCCCUGCAGGUAAUAAGUAAAGUAGGCGACGUCACAGGAAUCAAAUAUUUCCCGGCGGAGCCCAGCAAGCCAGAGAAAGACACUACCAAGCUGGAUUGAAAACGGUUCAAAAGGUAUUUUUAAACAGAUAGUCUCUCAUGUUUCUUCUGUUCAAUCCUAGAAAUUGCCCCCUUUUGUUGCAUUCGGCCGACAUGAUGGUGAUGGAUGAUUCUAUAUCUCUACCAAAUUGGUAAUAUACAUGCAAUAUCUUAUCGUGGGUGGGUCGUCCGUGUUUGUAUCGUGCUCUUCCUUAUUUAUGCGAUGCUACUACCUCUUACUGUGAUGGAAGAUACUCUUUUUGUUUAUUUGUACAGUUUCUGCCUGAAUAAUCUUUGUUU